GGCGGCUCCUCCCGCCCGAGGCAGUGGGGCUCGGCGCCGGGGGCGGGGGUGGGCGGGAGGAGCGCGCCAGCCGCUGGGAGUGGGGGGCGAUGGCGAAGCUCCGGGUGGCUUACGAGUACACGGAAGCCGAGGACAAAAGCAUCCGGCUCGGCUUGUUUCUCAUCAUCUCCGGUGUCGUGUUGCUCUUUAUCUUCGGCUUCUGCUGGCUCAGCCCCGCGCUGCAGGAUCUGCAAGCCACGGCCGCCAACUGCACGGUGCUGUCGGUUCAGCAGAUCGGCGAGGUGUUCGAGUGCACCUUCACCUGUGGCGCCGACUGCAGGGGCACAUCGCAGUACCCCUGCGUCCAGGUCUACGUGAACAACUCGGAGUCCAACUCCAGGGCGCUGCUGCACAGCGACGAGCACCAGCUCCUGACCAACCCCAAGUGCUCCUAUAUUCCUCCCUGUAAGAGAGAAAAUCAGAAGAACUUGGAAAGUGUCAUGAAUUGGCAACAGUACUGGAAAGAUGAGAUUGGUUCCCAGCCAUUUACUUGCUAUUUUAAUCAAUUCCAAAGACCAGAUGAUGUGCUCCUGCAUCGCACACAUGAUGAGAUUGUCCUCCUGCACUGCUUCCUCUGGCCCCUGGUGACAUUUGUGGUAGGCGUUCUCAUUGUGGUCCUGACCAUCUGUGCCAAGAGCCUGGCAGUCAAGGCAGAGGCCAUGAAGAAGCGCAAGUUCUCGUAGAGGGGAGUGAACACGUGGAAAGCAAAGCACAGAAGCUGCACCUGUCGGCACACAUCUACCUGCAGAGCCUGCUUCCGGCGCAGGAGAUGGAAGGGGCUGUGAGAGGCUCAGAGAGGCUCCUCCCUCCAUGGCAGCAGCAACAGGCACAAGUGGGAGACUUGGAACCUCAUAGGUUGUAUUCUGUGUGUCAUAGGGAUGGCUAAAGGGUCAAGCUCUUAGCUGUAUGGAGUAAGUUUCAGAAAAUCCAAUCAAAUGUUAGUUUUCUUUGGAAAGUAGCAGUAUAUAAUUGUACAGUGUAGUAUACAAAUCAUUAUGAUUUAUGGUAUUUAAAAAUAUUAAAAGAGAGUGGUCUGCGUUCUUUUCUAUUUCCUUUUUUAUCCUUAAAACACCAGGGUUCAAAAUAAAGGUCUUUUGGGUU